CAAAGAAUGGAUUCAAUCAUGUAUUUUGGAAAAGUGCAUUAGCUUUUUACCGUCACUAAUUGAAGACUAUAACACCACAGCCCCUUUCCUAGAAAAUCUGUGGUAACAACACCACCGUAAAGUUUGGUAGAGACUUUGUGAUUCAGCAUGUUUAUAACCCCAUCUUUCAAGAGGAGGAAGCAUACCUCGGUCGAACUGAAGAUGAUUGGGAUUUCUCGGCAUAUUAAUGCGAAUCAUAAGCAAGCCUGUAGUGACCUUGAGAAGGCCAGUCUAUUCAUCACAGAAGCAUUGCAGAAUGAGAUCCAGAGGAACACAACUCUGUGCAUGUUAAUCCACCAUCUGGAAGAGAGUGCGGCUGAGAAUGGAAGGAGCCUAUCAGAGCAGGUGGAGUCAAACCGGCAGCUGAAGCUCUGGGUGGAUGAACUACAGAAACAACUGGAGGAGAAAGAUGACUCGCUAACACAAGCCAAACAGAGUAUUGCUGCCCUGAAGAAUGAACUGCGGGACCUGAAACAGCAACUGCAGAGCCACCAGAGUAAUCAUGGGACGAUUCAGGAAGUGACUGAGUGGCAACCGGAUGAGAGCCUGACCAAUAUUGUGGUAUGCACACCUAAAGAGGAGGAUGGUGUCCAGCAGAAUGUCCUUGUUGCAGUUAAAGAGGAAGAUGCAGAUGAUGCAUGUCCGUGUAGUCAGUCAGAUGAAAUGGACACCUCCACAGAACAGACAAACUCCUCAUCUGCAGGCAUUAGAAUGGAACUGGUGCAGGAGGAAGAUGAAAAGUUAGACAUGACUCCAAUCGUCAGCUCUGAUCCAGAACCAGUCAAGUUUUUGAGAUUAUCAGUGCAAUUAGUUGACUGUUGUGUAACACAAGGUCAGCAAAGAACAACCAGCAGGAACAAUGAAGAUGGAGAAAACCCCUAUAAUGAAGGGAUAGCAGGAAAGGGAUCAGAAAUGGCAUCGUCUGCAGUCCCCAAAUUCACAGAGGUGGAUAAUGGGAGGACAUGUAAGUCUCCUGUCUGUGGAAAGGAUUUAUCCAGAAAAUCAACAAUGGAAAAACACCAGCAGGACGUUCACACAAAAGAAAAGAAUCAUCUCGAACAAGACCAGCACACACACACCGGAAAAACGCUCAUCCACACAGGAGAGAGACCGUUUCACUGUGGAGAAUGUGGGAAGACUUUUACACAGGCAGGACACCUCAAGAUACAUCAGCUCAUCCACACAGGAGAGAAACCGAAUCGAUGUGGAGAAUGUGGAAAGACUUUUACACAGGCAGGAAACCUCAAGAUACAUCAGCUCAUCCACACAGGAGAGAAACCUUACCAAUGUACUGUAUGUGGCAAGUGUUUCAAACAUGCAGUCAGCCUCAGGAACCACAACCUCAUCCACACAGGACAGAGACCGUACCAAUGUGGACAGUAUGGUAAGAGUUUCUCUCAAACAGGAGCCCUCACACUGCACCAGCUCAUCCACACAGGAGAGAGGCCAUAUCAAUGUGGACAGUGUGGGAAGACUUUUACACAGUCAGGAAACCUCAAGAAACACCAGCUCAUCCACACAGGGGAAAAGCCGUACCAAUGUACCGAGUGCGGAAAGUGUUUUAGAGAAUUGGGACAUCUCAGAACCCACUGGCGCCUUCACACAGGGGAGAGACCCUUCCAAUGUGACCAAUGUGAAAAGAGUUUCACACAUGCAGUCAGCCUCAAGAAUCACAAGCUCACCCACACAGGUGAUUGACCGUAUCAGUGUCCAGAGUGCAGUAAAUGUUUAAGAGAAUCGGGAACUCUCAAAAAGCACCAGCUCAUCCACAGGAGAGAAACCCUACCAAUGUGGACAGUGUGGUAAGAGUUUCACACAAGCAGGAAAACUCACGCAGCACCUGCUCAUCCACACAGGAGAGAGACCAUUUCACUGUGAAGAAUGUGGGAAGACAUUCAGACAGUUUGGAGAUCUCAAAAAGCAUCAGCUCAUCCACACAGGGGAGAAAUCACGCACAUGUGGACAGUGUGGUAAGAGUUUCACCCGAGCAGAAACCCUCAGGAGAAAGCGGGGGAGAAGCGCCACCAAUGUUCAGAAUGUGUCAGAUCUUUUUCCCCAGUUGGGGAAACUAAGAAGGCACCUACACACUCACACAGGAGACAAGACAGACUAAGAAGGCACCUACACACUCACUCAGGAGAGAAGCCCAACUAAGAAGGCACCUACACGCUCACACAGGAGACAAGCCCUACUAAGAAGGCACCUACACACUCACUCAGGAGAGAAGCCCAACUAAGAAGUCACCUAUGCAGUCACACAUGACACAAGUCCACCCAACUGCAACGGUAAAAAGUGUUUCAAAUGUGCAAGUGCACAACAUUUCGCCACACACAUCCACAUCCACACAUGCCUGUUAACACAUGGGAAAAACUGGACCAACUCACCAGGCAACAUUUUUUUUCGGGUUCUUCUAGUUUACCAAGCUAGUUCUGAAGUUCUGUUCUUAUGAAUAACUUGUAAAUGCAUGUUAUAGAAACUUGUAAAAGCUUGUUGAACGACAUCCAUAACUUUUGUAUCCCAAAUCAUAGUUCUGUUUCAAUUUUUUAGUGAAAUAUAUGCAUACUGCUGACUUAAAAGAAAACACUUAAAACAUUAUCUUAUUCAUUCUCAA